UUUUUUUGUGGGAUUAUUUGAUGAAUUUGAGCACUAAUGUCCUUUGGCAGAUGGUAAAUCUCUAUCCCCAAGCAUUACAAUUUGCAAAGAUGAAGUCUUAAAGGUUAAAUCCUCUGUUUUUUUUUCUCCUCAAGUUUUCAUUUUCCUCACAAUCCCAAUCUCUCUCCCUCUCUCUUGUUCUUCUCUCUCUCUCCUUCAUAGUUUUUUCUUUCAUGGUCUUGAAGUCAUACUGUGUAUAUUCCUUCUUCCAUAAGUUUACUUUUGACUCUUAAACACUCAAGUUAGUAGUAACACCAUAGUCUUGUUUUUGCUGAUCUUGUUGUCUCAUUUCAAUUAUCCCCUCUAUUCAAUUCCCUUCCAUUCAUUAGUUCCUACCAUAAUUGUGAAAACCCUAAUUUUCCUUUCCCUUUUUUUAUGUCUCAAUUUUGAUUUUUCUCAGUUGGGUUUUGUACUGUGAUUGCUAUUUGAACUUCUUUUGAUAUCUUUGAUUGUUACUUGUAGUUUUUCUCUGAACCCAGUUCUGUUUGAGCUUGUUUUUCUACACAGCUUGAUUAUGGCUGUGUACAGGGAUCGUUUAUGCUCGCUAUGGAAUCCUGCAUUUCAGUAGGGUUUACCUCGAAUUCGAAUUGAGUCAAUUUGGGAACAAAGAUGAUGAGAUGUUUUCUUGAAUGGUUUUGAGUAUACCGUUUUUUAAUCAUAAGUUGGUCGUUGCAUUGCAUUUUACGCAAUGUCGGAUGAUAUGCUGCUCCAUUUCUCCUCCAAUUCAUCCAACCAAUCGGACCAGUCUUUGCCGACCAAAAUGGCUAAGCUCGAAGCUCGUAUGGUGGGUAAGACCUCGUCCAUCCCGCCGCCUGCUCAGUCGCAGUCAACCAGGACUUCUAUCUCAUCUGCUGUGAAAUUUGUUGCCACUGAAAGUUUGAUGGAGCCAUCUACUUCUAGUGAUUCUGACGAUGGUACCGGAGAUGGAUUCCUCAUCCAAGCUAACACUCAGAAGCGCCAGAAACUUCAAGAUGCCAAUGACUCGACGCUUCCUGAACGUGCUGAGGCAUUUCAGGCAGUGGAAGAAGGAAGGCAAAAUGUAGUGGAAACCGUAGAAACCAAAAAGAAUGUGGAUGUAAAUAGGAAAAAACAAGCUAGAGGAAGGGGACAAUCCCUCUCAAAUCGAGGUCGUGGGUCAAGAGUAAAUGAUCAGAUGAAAUCACAAAUUUCUCUCUCAACAAUUCCACCCACAAAUGGUCAACAUGACAGUUUAUACCUUAAGGAUGGAAUGUGUAAGGAGCAGCUUCGGGUAGAUAAUCGCUCUCCAAUGGAGGAAGAGUUGGUUUCUUUACGGGCAAAAGUUGCUUCGUUGGAGGAGGAUUUACGUAAAUCACGUCAGGAGUCUUCUGAAUAUCAAAAUCUUUACCGUGAAUUAGAAAAGGAAUUGAAGGAGAUCAAGGAGUACGAACAGCAAAUGAAGCCUAAGAGAACAAAAGUACUAUCGGAUUUGCUGAUAUCCGUUUCAAAAGCAGAAAGGCAGGAAGCGAGGAUGAAAGUCCGACAAGACUCCUUGAGACUCGGCAAUGUGGGUGUCAUCAGAGCUGGGACAGUCAUAUCUGAAACGUGGGAGGAUGGACAAGCACUGAAAGAUCUAAAUGCUCAUCUUAAACAAUUACUAGAAACCAAGGAGGCCAUUGAACGGCAGCGCAAGUCCUUGAAGAAAAGACAGCCAGACAAAGGCGAUGGGAGUGAUGCAGAACCAGGAGCCCAGGAAGAGGACAGUUUUAUUCAGGAUGAGAUCUAUAAAUCCCGUCUGGCAAGCAUUAAGCGAGAAGAGGAAACGAUUCUACGUGAAAGGGACCGGUAUGAAAUUGAUAAAGGAAGGCUUAUACGUGAAAUGAAGCGGAUACGAGAUGAGGAUGGCUCUCGUUUCAACAAUUUUCAGAUUUUAAAUUUCAGAUAUGCCCUUUUAAACCUUCUUGGGAAAGGAGGAUUCAGUGAGGUUUACAAGGCUUACGACUUGGUAGAGCAUAGAUACGUGGCAUGUAAGCUGCAUGGGUUGAAUGCUCAGUGGAGUGAAGAGAAGAAGCAAAGUUAUAUAAGGCAUGCUAUUAGGGAGUACAAUAUCCACAAAACAUUGGUGCAUACUCACAUUGUUCGGCUCUGGGACAUUUUUGAGAUUGAUCAAAAUACAUUCUGUACAGUCUUAGAAUAUUGUAGCGGGAAGGAUCUUGAUGCGGUUCUCAAGUCAACACCAAUAUUACCUGAAAAAGAAGCCAGGAUUAUCAUAGUUCAGAUAUUUCAUGGCCUUGUUUACUUGAACAAAAGGACACAAAAAAUUAUCCAUUAUGACCUGAAACCUGGUAACGUUUUAUUUGACGAACUAGGUGUUGCAAAAGUGACAGAUUUUGGUCUCAGUAAAAUAGUUGAGGAUGAUGUUGGAUCACAGGGUAUGGAACUUACUUCGCAGGGCGCUGGAACAUAUUGGUAUUUACCUCCGGAAUGCUUUGAGCUCAGCAAGACUCCUUUAAUAUCAUCCAAGGUUGAUGUCUGGUCAGCUGGUGUACUACUAUAUCAAAUGCUCUUUGGCAGACGUCCAUUUGGACAUGAUCAAACGCAAGAAAGAAUACUUCGUGAAGACACGAUUAUAAAAGCUCGUAAAGUUGAUUUCCCUACUCGACCAGCUGUCUCAAACGAGGCGAAGGAUUUUAUACGCCGUUGUUUGACGUAUAACCAAGCUGAUAGACCCGAUGUUUUGACAAUUGCUCAAGAUUCAUACCUAACCUACUUGAAGAAGUGAUCACUUGAGAUCCACAUUACAGGAAUUUAUAAGAAGCUCUAUCUUUCUACAGCAAGGCAAAGAAAGUAUAGUAACUCAUGGAAACUGUAUACACAAAAAAGGGCUGGUCUGCCACUCUUAAGGUUGAUCAGAGGUGUGCCCCUUUUGACUUACUUCAAUUGUCCUAUCUUCAAAUAAUUGAAGGUUUGGCAAAGUUUGUAGUUUGGAAAGUUGCCGUUUGGGUGAAGGGCACAGUGUCCUACAAUCCUUGUUUAGUGUUCUGAAAAUGGGCUCUAGAGGCCCCUAAAAUGGGGGGAAAUGAGGGAAGUUUUGCUUUUCUUUUGUUUGCCCAGUUAUUUUUUUUCCCUUAUGGAAAAUGAUUGAUUUUGAUGUAUUAAAUAUUUUCUUCACUUCAUAUGAUAUUGGCAAUCUCCUUUGCCAAUCUUUAGAUAAACCGCAUUUCUAGCAAGGUUUUUCAUGUAGAUAUGGAAAUCUCAAGAAUGAAAAGUUCAUAGUUCAUA